AUUCCUCCGCGUCGAAUUUAGUGCCACUAUUAAUACCGAAUAUUCCCUAAAAUAAUUGAUUUUUGACAAAUCAAUUAUCAUAAUUGGCAUUAGAAAAGCAUUGUUGGUGCCCGUGGUGAAAUUACGAACGGUUUUCCGCUUCGGGAUAAAGUUUCCAGCGCUUUUGCGUAUGAAUUGAACGUUGGCGUCAACCGGCUCUCAGCUGUUUCCCGCGCUCGCAGAAAACCGCUGUGAGGCUUACGUAGUGUUUGGUUAUCCCGCGCUCCUCGAUUUAUUGGUAAUUUAACCCGGUUUUUUUAAUUUUUCGCCUGUGUCAAAAACUGCCAGUGAAAUUAGUGCAAUGGCUAUGUACAUUGACGCGACGGAAACGGUUAUUUUCGAAGAAUCGGGCGACGAAAAGAAGGAAAUCCUCGGAAACCUCGCCAGCCGCAUAAAUAAGGGUGGUGAGCCGCCAACGGUAUCAAUGGACCAAGAGAAACGAAUGCGUCGUGAGAUUGCUAAUAGUAAUGAGCGCAGGCGCAUGCAGUCAAUAAACAACGGGUUUCAGUCUUUACGCAGUUUGUUGCCCCAUCACGAAGGAGAAAAAUUAAGCAAGGCCGCAAUACUCCAACAAACCGCCGAAUACAUCUACUCUUUGGAACAAGAGAAAACCAGGCUACUGUCCCAGAACUGUCAGUUAAAACGAUUAGUAGGCCAGCACGAGGGCGGUGAACUACCACCCAAAAAGAGAUUAAAGACCAGUGAAAUAAUUUUGCCAGCUAUUAAAGCGGAAUCUGCCGAUGAAGGAUUAGGCUCAAUGUCUCCAGAACCUGUAAAAUUGAUAACGGUUCAAGUGAAUAAAACUGCGCCGAGCGAAUCUUCUAGCGAACUGAAGAUGGCUCUUGACCGUGAGCGAAACCUGCGAUUGUUGCUGGAAGACCAAGUGAGGCAGCUCGAGCAGCAGCUUUAUCAGCACCAGCAGCAGCAAGUAAGUCUGCAGAAUGUGCACAAAAAGCCGAAAAAGACUGUUCAAGUUCAAGCCCAAACCCAAAUCCAAUUUCUUGCCGACGAAACCGAGGAGAUCUCCACUUUGCAGUUAGUAGCGUCGGAUAGUUUACCAGUUAGCCACACCCAAACGGUGGUGUGUUCCGCGCCACCAUCAAGGUGUUCUACCCCAGAACCGAUUUUGGUUACUCCAGUUACAGAAGAAGAAAGACUACCCAGUGUUUUAAAAGCAGCCAUAAAAGCUGAACCAAAGGUUGAAGUUGAACGAUUACCUUCUCCAAACAACGGUCACGAAGAUGUGAAUGCUGCGAACAUCUAUUCUGUCAGCAAUACGUCGAGACAGAACUUGGAAACCAUUGUAGAAGCCAUUCGGCAUCUUGAAGGUGAUCAUAUGUUCGGUGAUGAUUCUACCGUUGGUGCGUCGGUCACUGUGACGACGUCUCCCCCCGACCCCCAAGAAAUUCCUCUUGCGUUAACGACGCGCACUGAUAGCUUCAUCGAGUACAGCGCGGCAACGGUGCAGCAACACCAGCAGUCGCGACCGGGGGUCAUUGUCGUCAAACAGGCCUCGUGAUCGAAUAUCAUCCGCUUCGCCAAGAUGCGUCAUCACUUCGGCCACGGCAGAAAACCGUCGGCCGCCACGGGCGGCCAUGUUUCGGCCGAGCGCGACGGAUGAACCACAAACGAAGUACGGGGAAAGAGUGAAAGAGAGAGAGGGAGAGAGAGUGAGGAGGUGUAAGCGUAGAGGAAAUUUAACUAGGUACAGCGACAACCGUCAACCCCAAAAUCUAAGUACGUAAUUGUUAAGGUUGUACCGUGCACCCCCCCCGGCUGAUUAAAUGUCGAUCAACGCAUUGCGGCAUUCGCUUUCCGCUCUGCGCGCAGCUUUAGUUCCCGCAGUUUGACCGUGUCGCGCCUGCGCCCAGCAUUGCGUCGCCUACAGGUCGCUCAGUGACGGGUAGUAGCUAAGACUGAUACGUAAUUUGUUUUACUUUAUAUCCUGUUUCUCUUUUUCUACUUCUGUCUUUCUGUUUCUUUUUAAUAUUAUAAAGUGCAUAUGUCCAAAGUUCUUCGCUCUCAAGUUUUUACUCGAUGAUUUUUUUAUAAAUUGUAUGUGCUGUUAAUAACGACAAGGAGACUAUUUUUUAGCGUACAAAUAUCAAUUUUAACUUUCAAAUUAGCGGAAGAAGAUCUUUAAAAUAAAUAAAAAGGGCGUCUAACAUUAAGGUUGGCAUGGAUUAAAUUAAAAGAUUUCUUCCAUUUGAAACAUGAAUUUAAUCAGUUUUCUUAUUUUUUGAUUAAUUUAUAUUAGGUUUGAGUGGUCUGUCUCUGUGGGUACCUGAAUACUUAUCCUUGGGUUAGAAGUGAAACACAAUUCCUUGUUUCAUAAUUUUUCAUCUGUACAUUUUAUGUUUUUUCUUUAUUGACAUUAUCUUUACAUUUUGAUAAUACGAAGUAGUGCUUAUUAUGUGUUUCUUAUCCAAUGAUAUAAUAUAUUUGGAUGUCAUAUAUCAUAUGAUCUUUAAUUUGCAUAUCAAGAUCUGGACGAAGGGGGAUAUUAAAAAAGUAAAAGAAUACCAACUCAGUAAAAUAGAAUAGGUAGAUCUUUUCACGAAUACAGUCAAACCUCGAUUAUCCGUCAUAAUGUGGACCAAAGUGAUUUCGUUUAAUCAAAAUUUCCGAUUAAACGGAUAGAAAAUAUUGAACAGUAAUUUUAUUAGUAUAUAUGUAUUUAUAAGCCAUACUUAUGUACUGAAGAAAAACGAAACAGCAAUAAUUCCCUCUUAAAAAUAGUUACACUUAAGUACUGCCUUUGCUUUAGGAUUAGCUCAAAAAUUGGUUGUAAUUCCGACUACCUUUUUAAUCAAUUCAUCUUUAUCUAAACGUGUUGACUUAACUUUCAGUUGUAUUGUAAUAAUAACGCGUAUACGUUUAGUAUUCGGUUUACUUAGCCUGAUUGGUCUACAAUAACAAUGAAUUUAUCGAAUGCGGGGUCUACUGCAUAGAUAACAAUUCUAGAAUAUUGCAGAACUAUUCGGGUCCAAAACUAUAGGCAACUCUCGCCUUAUUGUUUUAAACUCGAGUAGUUAACUAAUAUUCUAGUACCAUCGAAAUACUUAAUAGUUUCUUUAAAAUUAUGUAUUCCAAGCCAAGCUUGUCUGUUAAUUUCAAGGUUCAUCCGCUAUUUUAAAAGUCCCAACUGUUGCUUUAGCCUCAGAAGAAAGGAUAUUUUUUGUAGAAAAAUCAUCGUGUCAAAACUUAUACUUUUUACGCCCCCACUGCCUAUUUAGCCUUAAGAAGCACGAAAUAAAAUAUUUUCUGGUGAAAAUUACAGAAUUUGAUCACAAACAUAAUGAAAGACUAGACUUUUUAUAAUAAUUUGAAAAAAAAAACAUAAAUUAGUACUCACGUUGCCCCAAAAUGACCAUUAGCAUGCAUACGCACGCAUUUCCCACCAAAUCUUUAGAUAAAACGUACACAUCGUUUUAAAAUUUAGCAUUUUUUUUGUUAUCUAAACUGCAAAUGUAAACUACAUGUAAAAUAUACAUUAGUACUGGUAGAAAACAAAGCAAAAGCAGAAACACAAUGUCACAUUACGACAUCAUAAAAGUGGAUAGAUAAAAUAUUUCACCACAGUAUAAUAGAUCCUGUCAACCAAAAGCUCUUUACAUUAAAAUCAGACCUGUCUAUAAACCCAAGGAUUUGUAGAGGGGGAAGGAGGCAAGUCAUUUUGUAUUGAAAAUUACUAUACUUUAUGGUGACUGUAGGGAAAAAGAGAUAUAUUGAGCAUUCAUAUAUUUUUUAAAGGAAACAUUAUGAAAUCAUGGUAAUGUUUCAUAUACUUUUGAAAAUAAUUACCUCUCAGUAACUCUGAUACAUAAGAACUCUGUUUAACUUUUUUUUCUGUGCAGGUGAUGAAAAUACAACUUGUAUAUAUGUGUAAUCGCAAAAAAAUACAAAGAAAUAAUUCAAUUGAGAUCAUUGAAGUUAAUAACUUCCUUCCUCUGUGGUCGCAAUAAAGACUUCUAUACAAUGCCCGUGUAUUUACUCAAAAAUAUAAUCCCACGAAACUUUUAUUGAUUUAAACUGAAUUUUUUAAAAAUUAUUCAAGCAUUCGAAAAUGCAAGGGUAGGUGAUUAUACUUUUUUUGCAUAUUAUGAAAAUUGCCUCUUUUUGCCUAAUUGAAAUUUGCCUAAUUGAAAUUGAAAAUUGCCUAAUUUGAUUAUUGGUGGGUAUAGGUAAAGGAACAUUUUUUUUAAACCAAAAAUAUACUCUCAAGAAUAAAUAAAAACUGUAAAUACUAAAGUAAUAAUUCUAUUAGUCAUUGUUUUUUUUUCCUUACCUUUAUACGACUUUUUUAGACUAAUUUGAAUUAUUGUGGAAUAAAGUUUGUUUAUUUCUGCUUUAGGCUUUAAAUUGAAAUUUAGGUUCUUAAUUCAAUCUUUUUAUUUCCUUAAAGUUAAUAAAACUAUUAACCAUUAAAACGACUUUGUAAAUUGAUUUGUAUACGCUACUUAUUGAUAUAAAGAUAUUCAAUUGCAUGAAAAGCUCAUUCAUAGUUUAUCAAGUUAAUAAAAGCGAUGAAAAAUUUCUUAACAUUUUAGAGAAUUUUUCACGUUACUGUAGAUUUUUUCAGUUAUUAAUUCAGUUGGUAAUUCUGGGACUUCAUGCAUAAUAUGUUGUUUAUACAUCAUUUUAACUUGUAUUCUAUAAAAACUUUUUACAAAUCCCAAAAAAUAAAACAAAGCUCCUCUAUUGUUAUAAUGAAUAUUAUAUUAUGAAAAAAUGAAUUGAAGAUCAGUUAUGCAGUAUAGAUCUGAAAAACCCAAGAACCUCUUCAUUUCAGUGCUUUUUAAGGUUAAAUAGCAUACAAUUCGUUUUCUGCUUGUUACACAGACAACUUGCAGUUUUUAUACAAAAUUUGUACAAAACAUAAAUUUGGUCUCAGUAUUAUCUGUCUGUUUGUUUUUCCAAUAUUGUGCCAUUCAAUUUAUACCAAACUCUUAAUUUUAAAUUUAGGUUGUAAGUCGAAAAUGAGUUUUAGUAAAUCACAUUGCGUCCUGUAGGCAAGCUGCUCGGCGUCAUGUUAAGGAUACCGCCCGAACGUUGCUGCUACAUCAAUGUAUUUUUGUAUAUUACAAAUAGUUGGUACUUAAUUUUAAUAAAUAUGCGGGAAAUGUGUAUUUAACGUAGUUUUCUACAUAAAAACUAAUUUUUCUAAAACAUUCCACCGAAAAAUGUAUUUGACAGUUUAUUGAUAAUCUAAUGCCUUAGUGUAUAAUAGCAAUAAGAACUGAAAACUCUUAUUUUUGAGGCUUUAAAUGUUUGGGCGGUUAUUCCAUAUGACACGGGCCAAAGACUGAAGGACCAAAUUAACUUGGUUUAUUUGUAAUAUGAAGGUAUAAAAAUUAGCGUAUUGUUAUUAAGGUGUUUGUUUAUAGCGCGAACUGAAUUUUUAUGUGGAUUCUAUCACUGAGAGGUUAUCAAAAGGGCUGAAUAAAAGUAUAAUAAUAUGAAAUAAAAAACAUGAAGGAAUAUUUCCAAUUUGCCCUAAUAAUAAUAAUAAUGAAUCUCCAAACUUCAAAGUGGCACGAAUCCACUUUAAAAUAGAGUAAUCGCUAUUAGAGUAACACUGUGUACAUAAAUAAAAACAAAAUAAUCCAAGGUUGAACAUGACUUUUUUUAUUUUUAUUAUUUUGUUACUUAAAAGGAUUGAAAGUUUCUUUUUUUACGAAACGCCAAAAAUAUAUAUUUAUCAUAUUAUUACUAUUAAUAUUAAGAAGUUUUGUGAGUUGUUUUGUUCCUUUUGUAAAUAUACAUUAUACCAUAAUUCUUCCUAGGGUUAAAUGAGGUUUUUCCAGGUAGGGCUUAAAUCUCCAGAGUUUAGUCUUAGUAUGUUUUUGUAUUUGUUUCACACCAUAUAACUUUUACUCUGUCUGGUCAAUUAUAAUUUUGUUGAUCAUGAAAUUCAUGAAAAUGAUGGUUAUUAAAUACAGUUCAUACAUUCCACCUUUUUUGAAGAAAACUGGUACAUUAACCUUAAAUUAUUACUCUAAAGUCCUCUUUUCUGAUGGAUUAUUGGAUUGGGUCAAAAAUGAUUUAAAAAAAUGAUAAAACUGAUAUUCUUUAAUUGAAAUCAAUGUUUCAACUCAUAUGAAGUAAUCUUCAGGACAAGUUUUAAUCCAAAAAACAAUUUUCUUGUUUGGUGCCCCGAGAAUGGCUGAAUAUCAGUUGGAAAGUGAAUUCUGAAGAAAACCGGUUUCUUUUUUUAAUUUUUGACUCACUUCAACAAACCCUAUCAGAAUACUGAUACUGGGCUACAAUUAUUGAAGCGCCAAAAUUGAGAAAUCAUGAAAAUAUGAUGCUUUUUCUUAUAUAAAACUUAAUAAAUAAUAUAUUUUAGAUUUCACGGUUAGACAUCUCUUUGACAUAUUACAAUUUGUUCAAACUUGCCUUAUUCCAAAAGUGAUAUGAGUAUUCGAAUUGAAGCAUACGACAUUCGAGAUAUAAGAAAACUUAAUUUAGUUUGUCCCAAUUUUUAUAAAUGUCUACAUUUAUUGUCUUUUGUAGAGUCUAGAGUAAAGGAUUUAAAAAUACUUACUUCAGUUACAAACACAUACUUCAGUUAUUAAUACAGUCGGAACUUCUAUAUAUCACUUCGAUGACGAUGUGAACUUCGUCAUAUGUCAUGUAUUUUUAUCUUUAUUAUACUGGACAAAUUGUAGCUUGGAUCUUUAAAGGUCAACAAUAUCUUCAUCUGUGGGAAGCUCUUGAAGUGACAGUGUCAUAAUGCACAUGCAUGAAAUGCAUGAAAAGGUAACACCUUCAACCUUUUCCAAGUAUCAUGGAGACAAUUUCUAAGAAAAACAAAGGAAUAUCAUUAUCUUUCUCCCAUCAAAAUACUGACCAAAGCCCCUUUUUUUUUAAACAAUUAGAAAUGUAAUGUUAAUUUUUUUGUUUUCUUCUAUACAUUUUACGUUUUUUUUUUAAAUUUUGCUGCGAUUAUGGCAUUUUAGAUUUUUUGUUUGACACCUGUAAUUUGGUUAUAUUCGAACGGAAAAUGCAAUCAGAUAAAUUUCAGAUUAAAUUUUAAAUUUUGUUGAAAAAGAUGAGACGGACACUUAUCGAUAAACAACACAUUUAUUCUAAAUGGUAUAUCAAGCCAACAGUUAAUACCAAAGCCAGCCAUUUUAAAAACUUUCUCUGAAAGUUCGACUUCGAAGAUGUUACCAAAUUUUUAAUUUGAGUUGUAUAUUCAAGCUAUGAAGUAAAAGCUGCACAAUCAAUCAAUUAUUGAAUAUGUGUUAUCACUGUAAUUUUAUAAUCUGCUUUAAUUCUUCCUCUUCUAGUUUUACCUUUAAUUUUCUUUCUAGAAGCCAUAAAAAAGACUUCAUCCAACAUUUGGACAAACUAAUUUGACUUUUCUUGCUGCCCAAAUUCCCCUAUUUACCUGAUGGUAAGUUUUAUUAACUGGGCACUAUAUUCAUCUAUAUUAAAUAAACUCUACUAUUCCUUAAUUCCUGACUAAACUAAAUAAUAAAUUCAAUUAACACAGUUUAUCUAGUUUAUGAUGUUAAUUAUCAGCCUUUAUAGUGAAUAACAAAGUCUGUGAUUAUAAAAUACCAAUUACAAAAUUCAUUCUAAAUUAAAACCUUUUUUGUGAAGGCAGAGUAGAAGUUAUGUUUAUUUUUUUAAUUUGUUAUUUUAUUUAAAUAAUUGUCAGUAAGGUUAUAUUGUAAUAUUUAUAUUUAUGGUUGGGAGAUCUUUUAAAUAAUUAGCUGCAAUAUUGGUCUGUUUUAUGUUGACUUUAUUGAACCGAUUCCAUACUUUUUAUUAGAUUAUCUAAACAUCUUUUUACAACCAAUUUUUAGUUUUUAGCACUUAAAGAUCGCCCAACAGUUGUACAUAAUUAUUAGAAAGCAAAAAUGGUAUACGUGAACUAUGAAGUUUUGAAAAUAUAGAAAUUGUUUUUCGUUAAAUGUGUAGUAGUGUAGUCAAAAAUUUUUUUGAUUCAGAUGAUCAUAAUGUUUAGUCUUAACCACACAAUUGACAAUUUGAGAAAUGAAAUAUGUUUUGUGCAGGUGAAAGUUGCUAAUUAAAACUGGGUGCUAUCCAACACUUUUCAAAAGUUGGAAUUAAGUGGAAUACACAAAUUAUAGACUUGUGUCAGUUUUAUUUGCAUUUUUUGGUCUUGGUAAAACAAUAUUCCAAUAAAUUUAAAUUUCUUUAAAAGUGUUAAGAUAGCAAUGCAAGAAUGAAAGUCUGAUGUUUUCGAAAUAUCUCUGCGAUACAUUUUAAUAAGUAAGGGUCAUAAUAGGUUAGUUCUAGGCGAGAUUAAUACGAUUGAAGGGAUGCAGUCACAGUAUAUUUUAUUUUAAAUGUAUGAUAUAAAAUUAGGUAAUAUGUUACACGGAAUUCGCCGAGCCCCAUUACGUAUGUAUUGUAGGCAAAAGUUAUUGGCAUUUGAAGAAAUUAGCGUGGCGAAAUUUAGGUGAAAUUUUUAUUUUGUUGUGAUUGAGUAAAUGGGGCCGGUGGGUAGUCUGCAUAGCGGUAAAGAAAAUAUUUUUGAUUUUAGGUAGUAGUUUUGGCUCUAAUACAGAUAUUUAUCUAGGUAAAUUUCCCUCAAAAUACUGUUGACUUGCGUCUUAGGUUUGUUAUUGAAAAGACAUUAUGGUUAGCGUCUAUUGGAUUUCUGUAUAUCUGUCUAUUUUUAGGAAGCAUUUCUCUUCAAUUUAGCUAAGUGUAUUGUAUUGAAUAUGACUUUUGAGAAAUUUUACGUUGCAUUAAAGUGUGACUUUCGACAAAUACUUUUGUGUAUCAUAACUAAUGCAACUAAUAGUCUCUGAAGGAUUAAAUUGAUUGAUUAAAUGAAUUUUUAUCUUAGGAAUAAUCCCAGCGAUGAUUGACAAAUUUUUAGUAAUUAUAAUAAACAUAUGUCUAGAUUCAUUCCUUAUAUCCAUCCCUCCGUACGAGGAGGAAAACAAAUUCGUUGUACAGAAUUUCAUAAAUCAAAAUUUAAAUGUUCUAAAGUUAAUACAGGGAUAUUCCAAAGUUGAGAAAAACACCUACUUGGUAAAUCUUUGUUGGAACAUGUCAUGUUAGUAUUUAUUAGCCCAAUAAAAUUAAUAAUUCACCACGAUAUAAUUUUUUAACACAGUUUUUUGAAACUUCUCCCCGAGAUGCUUUUGCGCGUGUUCCAACUAAAAUUUUAUAGGGGAUAUUUUAUUUGUUAGUCAAAUUUUUUAAUGUUCUCGUAAUUUUUUAGCGGACAAUUGAAUUUUAUGCCGCAAUGCGUGCAAUCACGCAGUUUUUUCACUUUUUUAGUGCUAUAACUGGCAACAUUAUUCAUUACAUCUAAAUACAAAUGAUUGGUAGUAAAACUUUGUACAAUUUCUGUCGAGGCAAUUUUCUUGUAGGCUUGUAAUUGGCGCUUGAGAAUGCGUUUUUCCUGAACUUGACGAUAUCCCUGUAUUGUAUCUUCUCGCGAUUUAGAAUAUGCUCUACUAAUAUUAUAUUUUUUUUUGUUUCAAUUAAUAGCACCACCAAGUGCUGCCUGAAUAAAAAGAAUGACCCUGUACACGUUAUAGAGUACGCGACAUAUGAAAAACUUUUAUAUAAAAUCCAAAUGGAUACACAAGCUCGUCAGAAAACUGACAUGAAAAAUUAUUAUUAUACAGGGUAUUUAUUAAACAUACGGUAACAAUUUAAGGAGGUGUUCCUUGGUUAAAACGUUCCCAUAAACAUAUGACCGUAAUUGCUUCAUUUCCAUAAUAUAGGGUAUGCAAAGCUUAAAGCAAAAAUGUUUUAUUUAUAACUAAAAAAUAUGCAAACAAAUUUCAUUCAAGGAUUUAUGACCCGUAUGUUUCUGGGUAUUAGUCAAUUUAUGAUAUGUCUUAUAACCUAAACAGUACAAUUUUUCAAUAGGUGUUUUAUGAUAAGUAACCAUUGACCUGUAGAUACAUACAUAUGUAUGUGAAAAGUUACUUAAAAGAAAGCUAUUUAGUCUGUAUUUGUAGGAACCCUUUUCUUAUUUCAACACAAAGAACACUCCCUUAAUUUUUUGUCAUGUUUAAUAAACAUCCUGUAUAUUUUUUUAAAAUUCGUUAAAUCCAUAAAGUUUUCACGUUGUACGGCAGUUCAAAAAACGGUAAUUUUAUAUGUUUUUGACAUUCUUGGCACUAAUUUCAUCAGUAGAUUGUCGAUAAAUUAUUAAUAUUUUGAGAGAUUUGGGUUAUACCUAAGAUUAAAGUUAAAAAAAAACUAAACAAAAGUGCUUAUAUCCUCCCAGUGAUUUUGAUACUAUAUCCUUAAACUAAUUGAACAAAAAUGCAAAUUUAAUUACCAUUAUAAGCAAUUGUAUUGUUAAAAGUUGGCUAGAAAAUUAUUUUAGAAAUCUCUUAUGUUUUAUUUUGAAAUGUUUAUUUUUAUACUACUCUUUAGUCGAUGUGCUGCCACUAUUUUAUCAUACCGUUACUAUAAUAAAUUACUAUUGUAAAAUUCGCUCUACUUCUGCCUGAGUAACGUUUUUCUCAUCUCUACAUCUUACCGAUAUAAUUUCUUUAUUUAUACAGGGUUUGACCAAAUAUUUAAUGUAACCAGUUACACUCUGUAUACAGCCAAAUUUAAUUUUUAUAUACCUGGUACAAAAAUAAUGUUCCUAAUAUAAAUAUAUAGUAUUAAAAGACGAAUAAUAAUUUUUUAAUAAGAUGUAGAUUUUUGAAUUAUGGAGGCGUUGCCCAGAGCCCAGCAAUAUAAAAUUUAAAUUUUAGCCGUAUAAGCAACCAUAUAAUCCCAUGAAGGAGUAAUAUUUUCAUUAAAUAAAAACUAUCGGGAUGAUAUUAAAUUCUUAAACUUAAGAAAUUUCGAAAAUCGUUUUUGUUAACUUUUUGAAAAUUCUGUUCGGACCUCAUUUUUGUACUUUAGUUCGUAGUAAUUAUUUUGAUGUAUUUACUUGAACCAGUUUUACAUUGCCAUUGGCGCUCUUUAAAAGAAAGAAUCGUUUUGGUUAGUAUCCUUACGUGUUGGUCUUAAUCAUGACAUUAUUUGCUCUAAGAUCGGAUACUGAUUGAAACGCUCGGUAUUUUUCAUAAUUAUUGUGUAUUGCACAUUAUUAGACUAGACAUUUUAUAAUGUGCGUUUCAAACAUUUUUUUGUUUGCUUGUAUUAUUAUAAAUAUUAAAAUAAAUCCUUUAUGAUG